CCCCAGCCCGUUUCUCCGCCGCCGGGGCUCUUCGGCGGCCAUGCGGCCGGUCCCGGGCGGGCGGCUCUAACUCGCCCCCUCGCCCGGAUGGCCCCCCGGAGCCGCGGGCGGAUGGAGCCGAGCUACGUCGUGGGCAUCUGCUGCCUGGUGCUGCUGGAGCCGGGCCGGGUGUGGAGCGGCGAGCGCAGCACCGGGCGGCCCGGCGAGAGCGGGAACGGCAGCCGGGCACCGGCGGCGGAGCCCACGGCCCCCGCGCCCACCAGGGCGGCACCGCCGGCGGGGGACCGCUGCCGCGGUUACUACGACGUGAUGGGGCAGUGGGACCCGCCGUUCAACUGCAACGCCGGCAUCUACCAGUACUGCUGCGGGACCUGCGGGUACCGCUUCUGCUGCCAGUUCAAGCCCGGGCGGCUGGACCAGAGCGGCUGCUCCAACUACGACACCCCCAACUGGGUCAACACGGGCCAGCCACCCACCCGGGUGGACGAGACCCCCGAGGACCCCACUCGCGACAAGACCAACAUGAUCGUCUACAUCAUCUGCGGCGUGGUGGCCAUCAUGGUGCUGGUGGGCAUCUUCACCAAGCUGGGCCUGGAGAAGGCGCAGGGUCCCCAGACAGAGAUGACUGUCUCCAGGACGCUGACGGACCUGCUGAAGCAGCCAGGCCACAGCCCCUCUGAGCACAUGGAUGGCCUCAUGGGGGGCGUGCAGGUCCCUCUGGGUGAGGGGCUGGCCCGGGGGCCCCCCAGGAACGGCACAGACAAGCCGCCCCUGGACAACGCGGUGGCCAUCGGCCCCCCGCUGGGGCGGCCCCACAGCCACAGCAAGCGCCUGCCGCUGGCCAGCAGCCUGGCCCUGCCGGCCCCUGCCUACGCCGCCUAUGCCGCCCUCAAGGCUGGAGAGCGCGCCCCCAAGGACGCCUGCAGGCGGUUCGGGGGGCCGGAGGUGCCCCCCGCCAGCGCCCUGCCCUUCCCACCUGCCGAGCCCCCCGAGGGCUGCCCCCCGCCUGCCGCCAAGGCCAAGGGCCCCAAGCUGCCGGGGGGCCCAGCCUUCCCGGGGGGCUGGGAGGGGGGCCCCCCCCGCGGCCCCCGCCGGCCCGGCCUGGCCGCCCUGCGCCCCGAGGGGCCGCCCGAGGCCUUCAGCCCCGCUGCCCCGCCGUACGGCCAGCCCGCCCGGCACCUUGCCACCAACAGCAAGACCGAGGUCACCGUCUGACGGCCGGCGCCAUCGGGGGUCCGGGGCUGCCCGCUCGCCCGAGCAUCGCUGACGGCCUUCCCCCGGGCUGGCCCGCCGGAGCGAAGCGUCGAGACGGAUGGCCGCGGCGGGAGACGUGCCGUCCUUCCUCUCCCAGGGAUGGGGGCUGCUGGCUGCGCUGCACCGUCGAGGAGGCACUGUGGGCCAGGCCGUCCCUCUCAUCUGGGCAACAAGUUUUGGCCGUUCUCGGCCCAUCCGAUGAUAGAGGCUGA